CAAAAGCUGGUAUGAGAGAGGAGGGUUUUCGACAUCAGACGUUGGUAGCUGGAGGAUUAUUCUCUCUAUUUCUCGCUCAGUUAAUAAGGUUAAUGGAUGUCUAUGUUGCAAUUAUAUGGCCCAAGUCAUAAUCUAAUUGCAUUCACUUUGUCAAAUCAAGGAGAUAUGAUUUCUUGGCAAGAUUUAUGGAUAUAUGGUUAUAUUAAUUUUGUGUGAUUUUUUUGACAUAUUUUAUUGGACGUUUGACUGAUUCGAUUAUGAGUUUCAUUCAAAGAAAUCAUGUGGAUAAUUGUGAAUGAGAAAAUUCAAAUUUCUCUUGGAUUACAUAACAAAUAUUUUGUGUAAAACCAUGUCGCUGUCAAGUCGUGCGCGCUUGUAACAGAAAUAAAAGGGCUGUUGUGGCAGGUUAUCUCUGAUGAUAAGAGUUCAAGCAGACGACAGCUUAAGUUGAGUUGACCAAUCAGCUUUAAGUCUACCCAAGGAUUGACCAAUCAACAGGCAGAAAAAAUGGCUAUUCUUAAAUCAUCUACUAAUCAGGAAUAUCACUCUAUACCGCAGCGUGAAGAUCUCAAUUUGGAUUUAACCAAAAAUGGUGGACCACCCCAGUUUAGUGAUAAGACACACAUAAUGGCUGAAAGUGGUAAAAAUGGCAAUAUUCCGCAAAUUGUGCAUCAGACUUACAAAGAUAAUGCAACUGCGCAAAUAAAAAAGGAUGACGCGGAUAAAGAUGUUGAUGUGUACGAUGAUAUGUCGAAGGAACACAGAUGUGGGUGGGGUCCAUUCUCACCGCGGAUGUGCCAGCGAUUUAGGGACCCCAAGUGGAUAUGCUUCUGGCUGUGCUGGGCUGGUGCCAUUCAGGGCAUGGUUGUCAAUGGCUUCGUCAACGUUGUGAUCUCAAACAUCGAGCGACGAUACGAUCUGAGCUCUACCGUUACAGGAACAGUGGCAAGUUCUUACGACAUCGCAUCAGUACUAUGUCUAAUUCCGGUCAGCUACUUUGGUGGUCUGGGCUCCAAGCCUCGAUAUCUAGGCAUCGGCAUUUUCAUCAUGGGAAUAGGAUCGAUUGUAUUUGCGCUCCCACAAUUUACAUCGGGAUUGUAUCAAGUGGAUGAUGAAGGAAUACGCAUGACAUGUGACGCAAGUGCUAAUGACACGAUUGGUUGCGAUGUUAAUAACUUACCUGCAAGUUUAUCAAACUACAGAUUUGUGUUCUUCCUCGGGCAGCUAUUACACGGGGCGGGUGCUGCCCCGUUGUAUACUCUUGGAGUUACAUAUCUCGAUGAAAAUCUACCUCUGCGAUCAUCAUCAUUUUAUAUUGGUAUAUUUUACGCCCUGGCCAUUGUGGGACCAGCGAUUGGCUAUCUAGCAGGAGGGGCGUUUCUUGACAUCUAUGUGGACACAUACAGGAUUGACCCAAGCAGCUUGACCAUAACCCCAAAUAGUCCACGCUGGGUAGGAGCUUGGUGGAUCGGAUUCUUGAUCAGCGGGGCGCUUGCAUUUCUAGUCGCCUUUCCGAUGGCAGGGUUUCCAAAACUGCUACCUGGCUCCGAAAAAUACAAGCUUGAGAGAGAAAAAGAAGUUUACAGUAAAAAGGACAAGAGGCAUGAAUACAAAGACAAAGAAAAUAGUCCCGAUUCGACCAAUGAGGAGACAGCUCUCAGCUACAAACAGAUUAUAAAGUCUGUGAAAGUACUGUUGUUCAAUCCGACCUUCAUGUGUCUGAAUUUGGCUGCUGCGUGUGAAGGGAACCUGUUAUCUGGAAUCGCAACAUUUAUGCCGAAGUUUAUCGAAGCCCAGUUUGGCCUUCCUGCAUCGACUGCUGCCCAAUAUGUUGGUUAUGCAGCUAUCCCUGCCGGAGGGGGUGGCACGUUCCUCGGGGGGUACCUCGUCAAGAGAUUUGAUCUCCAUGUACGGGGAAUUAUUCGACUAUGCCUCGGAGUCACUGCUGCGUGUCUGGGCCUUGGUCUGGUGUUUAUUGUCCACUGUGAUAACUUCCCAUUUGCUGGUGUGAAUACAAAUUACGGGAAUACUGCUGAAAAUAGUACCCAUACUUCCUUAAGCUUGGAACUCGACGCCCACUGUAACACAGGAUGUCAAUGCAGCAAGGAUGUGUAUAACCCCGUCUGCGGAAUUGAUGGCAUGGUGUAUUUUUCUCCGUGCUAUGCUGGAUGUGCCGCGGAAACAAGAGGGGAGCAAACUACAUACAGCAACUGUUCGUGCGUGGUGUUCGACAGAAACGCGACUGCGCCGCAGUAUGAGGCUAUCGAGGGGAAAUGCACCGCCAACUGCGCUUACCUCCCUUUGUUUCUACCCAUAUGUGCCAUACUCAUCAUGUUGACGUUCAUCGCUAGUAUGCCGGCGCUGUCCGCCACACUCAGGAGUAUUCCUACAGAACAACGAUCGUUUGGCCUGGGUAUUCAAUGGAUUAUAGCCAGAUGCUUAGGUUCAAUACCAGGGCCAAUAAUGUUUGGAAAACUGAUUGACAUUACAUGUGACUUAUGGCAAGUUCGCUGCGAAGAGCAAGGCUCGUGCUUCUCGUAUGACAACAAACAAAUGAGUCAUAACGUUCUCGCCAUUAUUCUCUGUGUCAAAUUUCUAUCAACAUUUUUCUUUUUCUUAGCUUUAAUCUUAUACAAAGUGCCAAAGAGUGAAGACGAAAAUUCAAAUUCAAAAUUCGAUAAAAAUCCGCUUAGUGACGGUUUUAAAGAUGAAUCACCUCCACCGCCAACUCCAAUAGGGUUAAAAUCGAUUACUGACAGAAAGCGAUUAAGUAAUCCUAGUAUUCAUACAGCGGUUACGAUGUUGUCUGAUAGUAUACCAACAACCCCAGCAAGUCCGAAUGGAAGACACAACGAUUGGUCGCAUUUAUAGCAUUAGCUUUAAAUCAUACGAAAUUUAAUCGGUCUCAUUUCUACAUGCAAAGUCAUGAUCAAAAUCAUAUGUAUAUUUAUUUAUAUAACUUGUACAGUCAUUUAUUAAUAUUUAUUUUGUAAAAUAUAUGUGUCUUAUUGAACAAGCAUUUUGUUGAUUUGUUGCUGUUUUUAAAUACUUAUUUAGUACUAAUAUUAUUCUACAGCUGAGCUGUAAAGAUGUGUUUUGAUAUAAAUAAAUGUUCAUAUUAAAUAAUGUAAAUAAAUAAAAGAAUACAUGCUUUAUUUAAUCUUGUUUCAUCACAUUUAAAUGUAACAUUAAAUUAUUAAAUAACAACCACACAGUCAUCAAUAUAACAAAUUAUAAAUUUUCUGAUUUUAGCUGUCAAUUAACAUGUCCAUUAUUGCAAGUUAAAAAAUAAAAAAUGUAGCUUUUUUUUAAUAAAAUCGUUAAGAUAUUUGUAUGAAACUUGGUAGGAAUUUUGUUAUUGUUCAAUUACAGCUUAUUAGGACAAAUUAUUUUUGAAAUAGACAGUUAAGAAAUGUACAUUGAUUUUGAAUAUGUAUUAGCUUUUAGAGGAUAAAUAGAAUUAAAGAAAGAAAGGGCUAUUCCAUUUAAACACUUAACCCCAAGGAGAGAAGGCACCUUCAAAUUAUACCAACCCCUAGAGAAGCGAAUUUACCUUUUUUGGGUCCAAAUUAGUGAAAAAAGACACCCACACAUAUACUAAAAAAUAAUUGCCUCCUCCCCGUGGUUUAUAUGUUUUACUGGAAUAGCCCAAAUAAGAGAUGAUUUCAAUCUUAAAUGUUUAAGUAAAGGGAAAUGUAAAAAAUUGAUUAACCUUUUCUAUCAUCAAGAUAACUUAUUUUAUCAUCAAGAAGAUCAACCAAUUUUUAUUAAAAUUAAUUUAUAAAAUAGUAUAUCUGCAACAUACAUGUAUUUUUUUUAUAUAUAUGUUUACACUUUUGUCUUCAAAGAAUGAUGGCAGGAAUGUGUUUAUUAGUUAUAAAUACUUGUAUAUUAUGCUAGCUUACUUUUAUUCUUAUAAAUAUUUAAUAGAAAAAAAUGGUAUGCCAUGUCAUUUAUUUAAUGAAUAAUUUGAAUAAAUGGUUUUCUAGAUUAGAAUAUAAUUAAUUUUAACAGGAUGCAUUGUUAUUUUGAUUUUUUUUUGAGUGAUUUAAAUGAUCAGUAUUAAACUUUUUGUCAUACAGCACAAGGGGUGUGUCCACUUUAAUCGCAAAACCUUUUCUACAUGUAUAAUGUUAAUACAUUAAUAAUUUGUUGUGAUUAUUAUUAUUAUUAUUGUAUUUGAAAUAUAAGAACAACUUUUUAAACUCUGAAACUAAAAAAAUCAUUACACUAAUAAUUUGUUGUUAUUAUUAUUUUGCAUUCUUAGUGUAUUUGAUAUAAUUUUUAUUAUAUGAACAACUUUUUAAACUCUGAAACUAAAAAAAUCAUCAAAUUUCGCUAUUACUCAAAAACCUAAAGCCAUUUAACAUAUCACAAUGAUAUUUGAGUACAUUGUACAAAAUGUCAUGGUACCAAAAACCAAUAAUAAACAAUCAAUAUACAAUUGAUCUGUUGUUGAAGACACUGGCUUUCUGGUCAUUUGUGCUGAUAAUAGAAACUGAACUUUAAAUAUCGGAAUAUGCUACAAAAAUCUAAUUUUGCAACAUUUUUGUUUGAAUAUUAUUUGAUUUAUUCAUUUUUUUUCUGAUUGAAACAUUUUGGACCAUUUUCAAAUUUUAAUGGAUUUUCGUAUAAACAGUCAAAUCAUAACUUCCCCCAACCAGCAAGCCAAUAUCUUGAAGCAAUCUCUUUUCUUUCUUGAAAUUAUCUUUUUGUUCUUAUGUAUGUUGUUGUCUUAAAAUAGAACAAUAAA